AUGGCAGUUGGACUUAAAAGUUGGUUGGGGAAGUUGGCUUUGUGUAGAUUUUAUAAGAAAUCUGUUACUUUCGUUGUUUUAACGUCUACAUUAGAGUGUACGUGUAUACUCCAAAUUGCAGGUACAGCUAGGGAAAAUAGAACAGAUAAGGCUUCCAAUUCAUUUACACAACACUUGAUCACACCUGGCAAGACAACUGAAGUCACUAAAGUGCCCAGAAAAAAAGCGCUAAACUAUAAAGCGCAAGUAGUUACAAGACAAGUUUUUGAAAGUAGAAAAACCGAUUCAGUGCAACACCAACCCGAUCCAGUACGUGUAACUUCCAGUAGCUGCAAAUCAGCCGCACCAUCACAAGACCAAAGGCAAUCGUCUACUAAAGAAAGUUGGUUUUGUGUUGCCUGUACUGAGGAUUUCAUUGCAGAUAUGAGAAAAUGCAUUCAGUGCGAUAACUGGGUGCAUGAAGAAUGCAUUGACCUGGACAGAUAUGAAAACCAGAGCAAAAAGGAAGCUAGCCAGACCGGAGGUGGACCAAGCUCGGCAGAGAGCCUGAAUGAAAUCGAUGACAAAGUCUUGGAAAUAAUGGGAUUAUUAUACACCUUACCGAAAGAAGCUGAGGUUGGCGAAGUGCCUGUAUGCAAAAGUUCUCCUGUACAUGAUAAUGAUGACAAGGACAAGGAAAACCUGUGUCCAAGUAAUAUUAAAGAAAAGAACCUUAAACGCUUCCCCAAUUUGUCACAGACAAGCUGCCAGGAAGACGACGUUUCAACUUACGUUCAACAUUUAAAUGCCCUCUAUUCAGAUUUUGAAUCUAGGUUUGAGGAUAUUUUGACUAUGGUAAUACCACCGUGGAUAAUUAAUCCAUAUGGUGACAUAGAAGAAACGAAUGUCAUAAUACAAGAGGAACUGAACUAA